CGGACGCAUUCAAAAAAUGGCGCUGCAUUUUUCGAUGGCAAUACCCCGAAGUUCGCACGGUUUAACGCGUCCUACUUGUCAUUGAUUGUUAAUUUUCAUGGCUGGAAAGGGAUCAAAAGGGUUCGCUUUGUUUCAGAUCAAUAGUCAAGAUGUGUGGGAUGCAGACGAUCGGGAAUAUCUGAACAUAAUAUCACCUAAAGUUGUGCAAAAAACAGCACAAAAAGUUCUGGACAUGCACAGACAAGAGUCGGCUAUCGCUGAAAAGCAGGAUAACAGACAAAGAAAUAUUGAAUCUCUUGAUAUUAAAAAUUCACUCAUACUCCCAUAUGACAAAUCCCCGAAACAUGCUCCUGGUAUGGGUGUGAGAUUGAGAGCAAGUCCUGAUGAUUUUCCUGUUGCCCAUCGAAAGCUGUUAGAUCAAGGUCGAACCCAACGUUUCAAUACGUGUAUCAACUCAAGUAUAACAGAUUUAGUCAUAUUGCGUCAACUUUCUUGGUCUGGAAUUCCAGGAGAACUUCGACCAACAGUAUGGAAAUUGUUAUGUGAUUAUCUUCCAACUAGUCUUGAACGACGUGUCACUGUACUAGCGGAUAAACGUAAACAAUAUACACUUUUUGUUAGUCAGUAUUUUCAUUUACGUGAAAAUGUUAAACAUAAACCAAUGUUUCAUCAAAUUCAGAAAGAUUUAAACAGAAUGACAUUACUUUAUCGAAGGCCCGAAAUGGUUGCAAUGUUUGAACGAAUUCUAUUUGUCUGGUCUAUGCGACAUCCAGGAAUUGGUUAUGUACAAGGUAUCAAUGAUUUGUUAACUCCAUUCUUCAUUGUAUUUUUAUCAGAAUACACUCAUGUUGAUUUAAAUACAUCAGGUGAAUUAAGCCUACAUUCGGAUAUCACCUGUGAAAAAUUGAAUUCAGUUGAAGCUGAUGUAUUUUGGUGUACAUCACAUCUAUUGGAUACAAUACAAGAUAAUUAUACAUUUGCUCAACCUGGCCUACAAAACAAUGUAAAGAUGUUGGCUAGUCUAAUUGAACGUAUUGAUACUAAAUUAUAUCAACAUUUUAUACAAAAUGAUGUUGAAUUUUUACAAUUUGCUUUUCGAUGGAUGAAUAAUUUAUUAAUACGUGAAUUACCAUUACGAUGUAUUAUACGUUUAUGGGAUACUUAUAUGUCAGAAAAUAGUGGAUUUUCAAAUUUUCACGUUUAUGUCUGUGCAGCUUUUCUACUACAAUUUUCUAAUGAUCUUUGCCGUGAACAAGAUUUUCAAGGUAUUAUGUUAUUAUUACAACAUUUACCAACAUUUCAUUGGACUGAUGAAAAUAUUAAAUUGGUACUGGCUGAAGCGUUUCGUCUUCAUUCAUUAUUCAAUUCAGCUAUGCAUCAUUUAGAUUUUCGACGUCAUUCGGAUUUAGAUUAAAAUCAAUCAAUACUUCAGUUGUUGUAGGUUAUCUUCUCUGUGUGUGUGUCUGAUUGUGUACAGAUAAGUAUUAUCAAUUAAUUGAAGACAAAUACAGAAGUACAUGUGUGUGUAUGUAAAAUAGAGAUAAGAAAAGUCUUUCUUACUUCCUCAUUUUUGUAGCUGUUUAACGACUACUACUGCUGUUACAUUUUAUGUCCCACCAACCAUUCAACUACUCAUUCUGUGUAGUAGUAGUAGUAGUAGUAGUAGUAGUAGUAGUAGUAGUAGUAGUAGUAGUAGUAUUAGUAGUUGUCAUCAUAGUGAUAGUAAUAUCCAAAUAAACUUCUUCCAUUUACUCUUCUGCUGCACAUCGGUUAUCUCUUUGCUUAUUGAUUAAUUUGGUUUUAUUUUGUAUGUAGUAAAGUAUUUUUUUUUCUCCCUUAUUUUCUCUUAAAAUGAUAAUUGAAUCUCUUGUGUUACUGUUCAAUUCUACUUAUUGACAAUGGCAGUAUUUUCUAUUUGAUUUCAACUUGUAUCCAGUGUUAUAUAUAUAUGGAUGGAUGGAUAGUUUGAUUAUUCCUUCGUAAUCUCCACUUUCAACACUGUGAAGAUACAAUUUAUCUCCCAACAUUACUAUAUAUAUAUAUAUAUAUAUAUAUAUAUAUAUAUAUAUAUAUAUAUAUAUAUAUAUAUAUUGAUACUGUUAUUUUGCUAUUUACAUUCUCAAUAUUUGUUUGCUUUUCCACUGAAAGAUAUCUUUCAUGUAUAGUUAUUUGAAUGAAUGAUAACACAACUAAUAGUUCACAUGUGUCUUUCAACUAUCUAUUAAUGCGCAUGAUAACGUGAUCUUCCUUGUGUCGUUAUAAUGUGCCUCUGUAUUUAUGAAUAUAUAUAUAUAUAUAUAUAUAUAUAUAUAUAUAUAUAUAUAUAUAAUACCCCAUAAUUUCUCAGUUAGAUAAUAAGAAAUAAAUAAAUAAGUGUUUUGUAUGCAUUUUUGUAGAAUAUUUUGUAUUAGCAUCCAUUGCUUUGUAAUCUCCCCCUACGGGAGAAAAAACUAAGCGCAUACAUUACCAGUCAUCAGUAUUUUUUAAACAAUAUUUCUCGGUAUGUUUUACAGUUGUGUUUUCCUUACUGUGAAAUAUGAUAUAUUUACAUGUUAUUGUAUUUUCAAGUGAACAAUUUCUACCAUCUAAGAGAUUGAUGGUGAUGAUAAUGUAAUCUUCCAUUUGUUAAUGAUAUACUUGAAAUAUAAGUUUCUGUUUUUUGGAAAAUAUGUUUUGUCUUAGUUAGUGAUUACAGAUAUCCUUCCUUCCUUCCUUCCUUUACUUUUACUUUACUUUACUUACCUUCUUCCGACAACCCAGCUAAAGCGUCAGACAUUUGAUUUUUGUCCUCUUAUUUUUCAUAAACAACGCUUUCAUCUCGAGAAGGAAGUGAUUCGGACUUCUCUCUCAGUGGCUGAAUACGCGUGGCAAUGUCAGAGCAUUUCGAGCGGGAGAGUUGACUAUCCCCAACCCCCAAGCUAACAAAUCAUAUGAUUGAAGAUUGGGCGUUCAAUCUUGCCUGAACGUUUAACCUCCAGACUAAUGAGCCGGUAUCCAACGAUAGUGAUAUGAACAAAGACACAGGAAGCCUUGACAAACUACGGAAGUUAUUUUUGGGGGACGUUAUUUCAGUUCAUUCAAAGCUUGUAAGACAUUAAAAUUUAUUUUUGUCCCUAAUCUAUUCUACAGAUCAUAAGCUUUCGUUUAAUGUAUGAUUGACUGUCAUAUCCCUUUUUGUUCCAAAGCUAUUGUAUUCUAUUUUCUACGCUAAUCUCCAGUUUUGGAUAUAAUUGUAUUUUCCUAAUUAUUGUACUUUGUGGUCGGGUUAGUCAUCUAUUUAUUCAUGUACCUUUUUACAUUGAUCUGAAAUCGGGAACCAGAUCGGAAUCGAGAAUAAAUCGAGUACUGUUCCAGUUGACUUGUCUUCUCUCACACGCGUGCUUGUCAGCCAAUCAGGUGAUCGAAUAGUUUUCUUCUUUCUACUCCACUUUGAACUCACCUAUACUAGCCUUAACGUUCAGCCGGUCAGUGUAUCGCGUUAAGGUCUAAAUCCAUAUUAGAUAAAUAUCCCCAGCACUAAAAAUGGGUAGACAGAUCAAGAAUGUAACAGAUAGUCUAAAGGCUAAGUGUUUGCGCAAGAUCAAAGGUCAUGGGUUCGAAUCCCGCGUGUGGGAUCAUCUGUGCUCACUGCUAUGGAGUCCCAUAUUAGGAUAAAACGGCUAUCCAAUCCUUCCAUGUCUUCAAUAGUGGUCUAACAUUGAUCGGUUCAUAGUCUCGAUAAAAACCUAACAAUCUUUAUAACCCCAAAUUGAUAACAAAUAUAUGUUUAGUUCAUAUCAUUCAUAUGGUAAUAAUACUGAAACAGGAAUAUUUAGAAACAAAA